AUGACAAGAUUGAUAUGCGGAAAAUGUUGGGAAAUGUUGAGGCAGCGAUUAAAUCAUCAAAGCACAUUUCUGUGGUUGAAGAUUUGUAAAAAACAGAAAGAAAUAGUCGAGAAUGUUGCUGGAAUUCAUGUCCAAAGGAUUUUUCUCACCCCCGCACAAAUCGCCCUUUGUCAAACGCGUGGACAAAUUUUAGGUGUAGAAUUCUACUUUCACUUCUGUAUGUUGUGA